UUUUUUGGUAAGGGAAGUACAGAUUGUUCCGAACACCAAACCGCAAAUCGACCUACUUUUCCGGAGCAAGUGUUCCGCGUACCGGUUAAUGGAGCCGCUGGGGAUGUAACGUAAAGACCGUCGUCGUUUCACGUGAAAACCGUUGGUUAAAACAGCUCAAUAUCCAACGUUAGUGUUAUCGAGCAACUGCUCGGCUCGCUUUGCUUUUUCUUUUUUUAAAGCCAGUUAAGUUACUUCUCGGAUAACAACACGGCAGGAAAAAUGUCAGCGGAGCCGGUUGUCAUCACACUGCAAACGGCGGCGGGGGCCCACAGCUCCUUCCCCCGGGUUUUGAAGAAGGUCAUGGAAAUGCCGCCACCGAACAUUCUGGACUGCGACGACGACACCGACAAGGAAAAGCUGUUUCUGGAAGAUAACAUUGAACUGGGCGGGGCAGGCAGCGAUAUGGGUCCAUCAGCUGCCCUGACCCCUGCCAUCUGGGAGAAAACCAUUCCUUAUGAUGGCGAAAACUUCCACCUGGAGUACAUGGACCUCGAGGAGUUCCUCACGGAGAAUGGCAUCCCCACCCUGCCAGACGUGGGCUCCCUAAAGAGCAGCGCCCAAGGAGACCCCGUUAAGACGGAGAAAGCAAAGGCACCGGUGAAGGUCGCCGAGCCCGCCAGCGUGUCCCCACUGGGGCUGCUACCCAUCCGGGAUCUGGACAAUGUUGGGGAAGUGAAUCUGAGUGAAUCUGAUAUCCUCUGCGACACUACUGCAGAGGUGACCAUCGAAGACGGCAGAGAGACCCCCGAGCCCAUUGACCCCGACGAGAUUGAGGUCGACAUCAACUACGAGCCGGAUCCCACCGACCUGGUCCUGUCGAGCGUGCCCGGAGGCGAGCUGUUUAACCCUCGCAAGCACAAGUUCUCUGAAGAUGAGCUCAAGCCUCAGCCAAUGAUCAAGAAGGCCAAGAAAGUGUUUGUGCCCGAGGAACAGAAGGACGACAAGUACUGGAACAGAAGGAAGAAGAACAACGUGGCCGCCAAACGCUCCCGCGACGCGCGGCGCCUGAAGGAGAACCAGAUCACCGUCAGAGCGGCGUUCCUGGAGCGCGAGAACGCGGCGCUGCGAAGCGAAGUGGGCGAGCUGCGGAAGGACUGCGGCCGCUACAAGAACACGGCGGCCCGCUAUGAAGCCAAAUUCGGACCCCUUGCGGUGCUGGAAGAAGACCAAUAGAGGGCAGUUGAUUUAUUUUAAAUGAAUCACAUUUUUGGAAUGAAUGAAUGAAUAGAUGAAUCCAACUAGAAUCGAUCAGGUGAAGAGGAGGAGCAUUGGCUGGUGUUGCCAAGGAGAUGCAGAUGAUGGAUUUACUAUUCAUGUGAAUGAGAGGAUGUUCAAGUGCUUCUUCAGUACAUCACUUUGAUGUGUACUUUUACCAUGUUUUGUAUGCCUUUGGCCCAAAAAUAUGCUUCAUGUUUUUUUUAAAUGAUGGCUGACUCUUAAGUAGCAAUUGCAAUAGUUUAGACCAGAUGAGUCAGCAUUAAGGUUGUAGAAACAAUACUUGCCGGUUGCUUCCAAUUCUUUACACAUUUGAUUUAAUUCUGAAGCCCGUUGACUGUUUUUAUUUUCAAAUGUUGUAUUAUGUGAAGCGCUGGGCUUUUCUUGGCCCACAAACAAACUUCUCAACUGCAACAUUUCCAAUAAUUUCAACUUCUUCAGGGAAUCAUGGUGGCGUGACAACAACAACAAAAAAAGCGAGCUUGCGGCCGUGUCUUCUCCACCUUUUUAUAAAGGACUCGUCAGCAGAAGCUCGGACGCACUCUCGCUGUCCCUCUUGUCACGUCGGAGGUCAGUGACCUUUCAAACGUGUCGUGGGAACAAUCCACCGACACGUGAACUGUAAAUAAACGUAGCCUAAUAUUCUACUUUCACGUUACACAGCAUUCAGUACCAUGUCUGCUAAAAAGUGGUUUUUAGCCACUCUUCAGACAACUUUUCUUUCUUGCGUGUGACCUGUUUAGUUUUGUCUGUUUUCGUUCAUUUAGUUUUGUUCCUCGGGCGCGUCAGAGGACGUCAGGAACUCUUCAGCUCGCCGUGUUGUACAGAUUUUACAAUUAAUAAAAACAAAGAUAUUUUGUUCUUUUGCAGGUUGGCUUCCAACCAAAAACAAAUCAAAUAUUGUGUUCCCAGAGGUUUCCAGGUGUGAAUAAUAAAAUAUAAACCACUAAAGUUUUUUUUCCCCCCAAUAGUACAACCUCCACAAUCUUUUACUUGUUAGUACGUCAUGUUUUGUUAAAAUUACCAGGUGAAGAGAAAUUUCUCAAAACGUCAAGACCGUCACAUUUAUCCAGCAUCAGUCUGUGAAAACGAGUCCUUUUCUCCAGUGCUACAUUUUCCUGCUUUAAUAACUACAUCUGCCUUCCAUCUGGAAAAAGGGCGAUUUGUUAACUUUUUGUGGAGGGGCAUUUUAAGUGACUACCUUUUGUGUCUUGUGUAUAUAUUGUAUGUAUAAAUAAAGCCUUUAAGUGUUAA